AUGGAUCCGCAGCCAGAGCCAGUCUACUACAUCUGUGGAGAUUGUGGGAUGGAGAUUCCCUUGAAGCCAAACGAUGUGAUUCAGUGCCGCGAAUGCGGUUACCGGAUCUUAUACAAGAAACGCACUCGUCGCAGCGCAUAUGUCUUUGGUUCCCUGCUCGUUGUUCUUCUUCCUAGAGGGUUAAACUGA